AUGGCGCAAUUUGCCCAAGAGCAUAUAGCACCUCAUGCACAACAAAUUAUUUCCCAGAGGUUCAGCACUGCCCAGAAAUUGGACAAACUUGGAAUGCGAGGAAGCGAUACAUGCGAGCUUGUUUUUGAUAAUUGCUUCGUUCCUGAAGAGAAUGUUCUUGGUGAAGAGGGAAAAGGAGUGUACGUGAUGAUGUCGGGUUUAGAUUUAGAGAGACUUGUAUUGGCAGCUGGACCUAUCGGCAUCAUGCAGUCAUGUCUUGAUGUUGUUCUUCCUUACGUCCGCCAAAGAGAACAAUUCGGUCGCCCCAUUGGGGAGUUUCAACUUAUGGAGGGGAAGAUUGCAGACAUGUAUACUUCUUUGCAGUCUUCAAGAGCAUAUUUGUAUUCUGUUGCAAGGCAAUGUGAUAAUGGGAUACUUGUUCCAAAGGAUUGUGCAGGAGUUAUACUUGUUGCUGCUGAAAGAGCCACCCAAGUAGCUCUGCAGGCAAUUCAAUGUCUGGGUGGGAAUGGGUACAUGAACGAGUACCCGACUGGCCGGUUUCUUCGGGACGCUAAGUUAUUCGAGAUCGGUGCCGGAACUAGUGAGAUCAGAAGGAUGAUUAUUGGUCGUGAACUCUUCAAGGAACAAUAAGAAA